GUGUAAAUGUGUGUGUGUGAGGAAUCCCUCCCCCAACCAGCCGGUGCCUGCAACAUGAGGUCAGCGAGCUAGAGAAGAGGAGAGAGAAGACGAGGGAGAGCAGCGGAGGAGAGAUGAAGGUUUGAGGAGGAGGAAUAUGCGGAGCCGAGGAAGAACAGCCUGUCGAUGGCAGCCAUGCUGAGCCCAAAGAUCAGACAGACCCGGAGAGCCAGGUCCAAGAGCAUGGUGAUGGGAGAGGCAUCCCGCGGCUCAUGCCGGCCGACCUCACCGAGUCUCCAGGAGGGGGUGCUAAAGGCCGGCUGGUUGAAAAAGCAGAGGAGCAUCAUGAAGAACUGGCAACUGCGCUGGUUUGUGCUGCGUGCCGACCAUCUCUUCUUCUACAAGGACGAGGAGGAGACCAAACCACAGGGCUGCAUCUUACUGAAGGGCAGCCAAGUCAAUGAGCUGACGGCAAACCCAGAAGAACCCGGACGACACCUAUUUGAGAUCCUGCCAGCUGGUGAGAAAGACAAGGCUGCGAUGAGCCACGAGUCCUUUCUACUAAUGGCAAACACUCAGAGUGACAUGGAUGACUGGGUGAAGGCUAUCAGACGGGUCAUUUGGGCUCCUUUUGGAGGAGGUAUAUUUGGGCAGCGCUUGGAAGACACCGUACAGUAUGAGAGAAAGUUUGGUCCUCGACUCGCCCCUCUCUUAGUGGAGCAGUGUGUGGAUUUCAUCAGGGAACAAGGCCUUGAUGAAGAAGGACUUUUCCGGAUGCCAGGACAAGCCAACCUCGUGAAGGAUCUCCAGGAGGCCUUCGACUGCGGAGAUAAACCUCAGUUUGACAGUAACACUGACGUCCACACUGUGGCUUCGCUGCUGAAGCUGUAUCUCAGGGAGCUUCCAGAACCAGUGGUUCCCUUCUGCAAAUAUGAAGAUUUCCUCACCUGCGCUCAGCUCCUGACCAAAGAUGAGGAGGAGGGAAUACAGGAAUUAGGGAAGCUCGUGAUGACACUUCCAGCUGCCAAUUUCAACCUUCUGAAAUAUAUAUGCAAAUUUCUGGACGAAGUGCAGUCUCACUCACAUGAGAACAAAAUGGGUGUGCAGAACUUGGCCACCGUGUUUGGACCAAAUAUGCUUCGCCCUAAAAUGGAGGAUCCAGUAGCUAUUAUGGAAGGCACCUCUCUGGUUCAGCAUCUCAUGACGGUGCUUAUAAGCGAGCAUGAUCGCCUAUACACUGAAAAGGACUCCGAAACCUCUCAGACUCAGACAGAAGAAAAAGACCAAAACCAGCAACAAAAUCAACCCUCCACCCUAGUCGACUGGAUCUCCGAAGAGGAUCUGAACACCACCGGCCCACCGACAGUCAAAAAUGACCCUUCCAGCAGCAGUGCCUCGUCGGUGGACGCCGUUUCCACCUCCAAAUCGAUGCCUCAGGGAAAAGGAGAGACGGCUGUGAGUCCCAGUAAACAGCCCAAGACUCUUCCAGGGUGGAAAUAUACGUUUAAUAAAGGCUCUUCUCCAAGACCGCAGUCUGCUAAAGUUAGUGGAUCCGCAGUGGACGUGUCCUCAAGUGGGAACUGGCUCAUGAAUGGACUCUCUUCACUCCGUGGACACCGGCGCACCUCUUCUGGGGAACGUUCAAGAGAUUCGGGUUCCUCUCAGAGACUUUCCACUUACGAUAACGUCACGUCUUCGUCCAGUCUGGGUAGUGUAUUGAGUAUAGAUAGCACGCCGUGGUCCAGCUCUUCGUGUGAGAUUUCCGUCCCAGACUCUGGAAGUGACCCACUGGGAACUGAAGACGGGCCGCAGACGGAGCCUAGUGUUCUGGAGGAACGCACUACUGAUGACGAAAUCAAGUCCAGCGGACAAGAGGACAGCUCUGUGGAGAAUCGAGCCAGUGGUUUGUUUGGAAGCGGUAACGGGAACGCCGCAGCACCGCUUAUUAGAGUUGUGGAUGAAGAUGCUGAUGAAAGUACCACAUCUCUGGUCAAUGUCGUGGCAGAGCUGAAAGAAGAGCUGAGAACGCAGAAACAGACCUAUGAAUCUAGGAUUAAAAAGCUGGAAGAGUCAAACACAGCCCUGCGUGCUCAUAUGGAGAGACUUGAGCAAGAGAUGGAGCAGGAGAGGAAACGAAAACGAAUGCUUGAGAUCAAACUCAGAAACUCUGAACGUGCCCGCGAGGACGCAGAAAACCGCAAUCGCCUACUGGAGAAAGAAAUGGAGGACUUCUUCUCCACGCUGGGAGACCUGGCUCUCGGAGGCCGCACCAGUGACAUUUAAUGCAGAAAUAAACACACACCCAAAGUCAAGAGGACCACGCAAAACGUUGACUCAAAAAGCACUCAGGCGUCUCCAUAAUUCAUACCGACAACUUUAUGUCUGUAAAAUUGACUCAUUCUCUGUAUUUUAAGCCUGUUUGGAUGAAAUAAGUACAAGAGCAUCUUUAGCAUGUUCAAGGUUUCCAGAAUGAACAGAUAAAAGGACAAGCAGAUCCGUUCACUUUCAUUAAAAAAAAAAAAAAAGUGAGUAAACUGUGGCGCAGUGGUUAGCACAAUCGCCUCACAGCAGGAAGGUCGCUGGUUCCAGCCUCGGCUGGGUCAGUUGGCGUUUCUGUGUGGAGUUUGCAUGUUCGCCCCAUGUUUCAGUCCAAACACAUGCGCUAUAGGUGAAUUGGGUAAGCUAAAUCGUCCAUAGUGUAUGUGUGUGAAUGGGUGUUUCCCAGUGAUGGGUUGCAGCUGGAAGAGCAUCCGCUGUGUAAAACAUAUGCUGGAUAAGUUGGCGGUUCAUUCCGCUGUGGUGACCCCAAAUUAAUAAAGGGAUUAAGCCGAAAAGAAAAUGAAUGAAUGAAUAAAUUAUAAAAAUGAAGUUGUUAACAGUUCCAAGUUUGCUCACUUUUUAAAGUCUACUUGUCACUUUUAAAGAAACACUUCACUUUUUCUUGGAAAUAAGCUCAUUUUACAGCAGGUAAACUGUUGAGUUUUACCAUUAUUGAAGCCAUUCACUUAAUCUCCGGGUCUGGCAGAAGCACUUUAAGCUUAGCUUAGCAUAAAUCAUUAAAUCGGAUUAGACCAUUAGCAUCUCACUCGAAUUUCACAAAAAGAGUUUUGAUAAUUUUCUUAUUUAAAGCUUGACUCUUCUGUAGCUACCUCAUAGACUUACAUAAAAUGAAAGUUGCUAUUUUCUAGCUCGAUAUGGCUAGCACUGUGUCCUAACGUCGCAUUCUGCAUCACGUGACAUGCGAUAAAAGGUAUCUUUUCCAUGUUAAUAGGAGUUUUGGUCCCACUUUAUAUUAAGUGUCUUUAACUACUAAGUACGUACACAGAAAUUAUUAAUUCAUUACAAUGUACUUAUUGUGUAAAUACAUUUAUUUACUAUGUACUUAUGCUUGAUUAAAUACCUGUAAGUAAUUACAUCUGUAAUUAACUUCUGUAACUACAUUUGUAAAUACACUGUUGACUAUUCCUUACACCUUAACCCACCCUUAAACCUACCCAUACCACCAAACGUGUCCGCCAUAACUCUACCACUAUCCUAACUCAAGAGCACCACAAGUGUUCUCAAAUACAUUAUGAACACAAUUUUUUGAUGCAAGUACAUAGUAGUUAAGGACACUUAAUAUAAAGUGUUUUUAAUCGGGCGAUGCGCAAAAUGUUUAUUUUAGAAAUGCUUUCUAUUUCCAUGACGUAGCGGCAGAACAACAGCAUAUAUAGUUGUGACAAAGAUCACCUCAGGUACUGAUUAUGUGCUUUAUUCAGUGUUGAACGCUCCCAAUGUGAGUUUCAACACCCAUUUUACGUGACAUUUAUUGUCAUACUACUGAAAGCAGCAGCAGAUAGUUCACCUCAGAUCUUAAAUGAUAUAUCUAGCACAGUGGUCCUCAACAGAUCCACUGAUCAAUUAGGCCGCACAAGAAAUCAGUAACUAUUUCCGUUUUAUUUAUUAUCUGAGUCUUAACAAUCUUUUAUUUAUUAUUAUUUUUAAAUAUUAUUAUAAAAAAGGCUAUAUUCUCUCGUUUACAUCUCGGUCACUUGAGCGCCCAAAUUUAACCCACUAGCAGCAAAAUGAGUGUGAAACAGACUUGGAAAGUUUCUUCGCUAAGGGGAAAAGGCUCAGUGAGAGACCCUCAAACUGCCAAGGAAUAGAUCCGCAACCUAUCAGUCAACACAUCAAGUGAAUCCAGCAUGUCUGUGCAAGAAGAUAACUGCUGGAGAUUGCAAAUGACGGCGGCCUUUUAGAGGCCAUUUGCAUAUUGCUUUUCUAGAGUUUACGCAAGUUCGUUAUUUCUGGCACGAUGCACUUGCGAGUCAUGGUCAGCUUCAUACUUUGUACAUAUUUCAGUAGAAUAAUUAUCUCAGACAAACACAAACACUGCAGUGCUUUGCAAUUUUCUCCAUAAAUAAAACUUGUAUCAGAGUGACAGCAAUGUUUUGCUAGCUUGUCAUCCUCUGAGAAAACAGUUGAUGAUAGGCUAACUUACGAACCAGCCCAGUUCUAGUGUAGUAAGUGCGCAACGUUUCGUUUCCCGUCAGUCUUCAUACACAAAAUAACUGCAGAAGAGUCCAGCUUUAAAUAGGAAAAUGAUCUAAACUUUUGGGGAGUGGUCAAAAUAAGCCUAUUUUCAAAAAAGGUGUAGUGUUCCUUUAUGUACUUUAACUUUAAGUAACUAAAAGCUUUUUACAGUGUUGGUACAUUUAGCAGACCACUGCCCAAGAAAACACAGAAGUUGGGAUGGUGACUUGUGUUGAGAAUGUAAUCUUUCUUGACUAAAAUAGCAGAUCUUUUGGUGCACUGUCAAAGCCACUUCCAUUUACACACACAAAAAAAAACACAACGUUGUGACUUCUGUCAGUCGAUCUAAUUUAUUUGACACUGUUUAAGUGUAUAGAAGGUCUAGAAAUGUUCCGUGGAUGUUUCUUGAGUGGUCAAAUGUUAUAGAUUUUGUAGACUCUGCUCAUUCUCUGAACUGUUGCAUAGUAGGUCAUAUAUUAUAUAUUAGCAUGAUGGCCGUGUAGCCUAAUGGUUGACUUUUUUUCCAGGCUGCUAAUAGGAUUGUUUCAGGUUCAAUCUCCAGAAGAAGAGACCCAGAAACUGGACAUCACCACUGUGCCCUCAAGCAAAAAUGCUUUUUGCUGCUCAACAUGUGUUUCGGUUAUUCAAUCCAGUUGGAUGUUACUAGACGGACAGCUUUUACAGAGGACAUAUUUAGAGUAUGUGAAGAUGUUAUACAUCAUUAUGAUUGUAGACUACGAUUAUUCAUGACGAUUAGUCCCGUGUGCUGUGCUGAAAAGUGUCACUGUGGUGGUAUGUCAUUAUUCACAAAGAUUUAAAUUAAAUGGGAAACUUUAAAGAA